AUGUUUACACUUGAACAAUUUCUUCAAAAUACAACAUGGAAUCCAACAUUAGAUGAUGCUGGAGAAGCCGGAAAGAAAAUUCUUCAUAUGCGUCUUCAAGUCAAACCGGGAACAACACCCGAAAACUUGAAUAUUACACUCAAUGGACACGAUUUACGCGUUAACUUCGAAAAUAAAGCUGGACCGGAAUAUAAACAAGUGACAGUAUGGCCAACAGCUGAUUUGGAGAAAUUAAAAACUGAAUUGAAAGGUGAUGGAUACCUUCAUAUCACAGUACCAAUUCGAGUUUAG